UUUGAUUGGCUUGAGCUUUGGUAUAGUUGCGUAUAGAACAAGAAGUGAACAAUGGACAAGCACUGUCCACGUAGCGCGCCAUGAAGCCAUGACUCUUUUCCUUCAUUUCCGUACGUUGACAGUUCCCCAUGCCUCUUCUUCUUCCUUUGUCCAUCUUCUGAAGCUUUCAUCGUCUCCUUUCAAUUUACAAUAUCACAUUGCAAACCGUUUGUUCCUCGAGAAAGUUUCAGAAUCCACAAUGGGUAUUGCAACCUCCCAAGCUUUGGCUGCUUUCUUCUUUUCCUAUCUUUUCUAUUCUUUACUCUCUCCUCCAUCUACUCUUCAUUUUGGAUGUAAAGAAGCUGAAAUUGAUCGAAUGACAGAAGUCUGCACCAAGGAGACAUGUGAUUUCAUCUCAAGAAAGCGCUUAUCUGAUGAUAUAAUCCCUCACAUACUGAAUCUAUAUGCUUCCAAAGCAACGCCACAAGACUUCGAAAUCUAUGCCCCAAAUGCUUCAUUUGAGGACCCACUUAUGUGUGCUCAUGGAGUGAAGCAAAUCAAGUCAGCAUUUUAUUCACUUUCCAAGGUCUUUGGCGAAUCCAAAAUUGUGGAUUACAGUGUGAAAGAAAGUUUGACUUCACCCCAAAAUGGAGAGAUAUCAAUUGAUAACAAGCAACAGUAUAAAUUUUUGGGGAGAAACAUAGAUAUGAUAUCCCUCAUCAAAUUAAAUGUCGUGGAAGGAAAAGUUGUUCGCCAUGAAGACUGGUGGGACAAGAAGCCUCUUUGGAACAGAGAAUCCGUUAAGCUGCCACUUGUUGGUCGAUUUAUCGAAAUUACUCGUAGAGGUUCUAUGUUAGCAACUCAUGCAAUGAUGGGGUUUGGGAAGGAUCCAACCAUGUAAAGUCACUUGAGUAAGAUAAGAUUCAAACUCUACCCUUUGCUCAUUCAAAAGAAACAUAAGCAAUUUAUGGUUGAGACCCUAAAGUUUCCAUUUUCUGCUAAGGUUGUGCUUGUGGUUUGGGAACUAGACCAGCUGUUUCAUGAAUUAAACAUUAGUUAAUUAGGAAUCUCAUGAACUAGAAUAUGUAAGUAGUAUAUAGCAUCCACAAAUAGUUUUGAUGCUUUAAUUCAAACUAGUACACACCAGAGAAAAAUGUCUUUAGAGAUCCUAAAACUAUUUUCACUUUCAUACCAUCUUUAUAUUUCUCUUUAGUCCUUUAUUCCCCUUUUAAAUUUGAAGCUAAAAUGUAGUUCAUGAUUAUAACUUGAAAGGUGUAUUACGAUAGCAUUUUUAUGAUAUAAAUUUGGUGAAUGUGUAUGCCUUAAA